AUGGGUUCCCUACCGCGCAUGUCCGUUGUGAAUGGACCUAGGAGAGUGGUCCCGACAGCACCCUUGACGAAACACUUAGAGCAAAUUCAGGAAUCUUCGAACACGGCGUUGGUAUAUGAAGAUGAAAAUAUUACCUACUCAAUUUCUUAUAAACAACUGGGGCUACGUACCAAUGCCUUGGCAAGGGCCAUUUCCUCUCGAGUUGAAUGUGGUGGUACCAACAGAGAUGGAGACUACGUGAUUGCUGUGUGUAUGCAACCGACACACGAAACGAUCAUGACAUUAUUGGCAACGUGGAAGGUUGGUGCAGCAUAUGUCCCUAUGGAGCCUAGUUUCCCGCAAGCCAGAAUAUGUCACAUUCUAAACGAUGCUGAACCAGCGCUUAUAGUUUUUGACGAAACAGCAAAUCCCACUAUGUUCAGCGAGUGCGGUGUGCCUGCUGUUUCCUUCCAUGAACUGGCAGACGAAGCAAGUAAACUGUCAAAUGAGCCAUUAAAAGAUGAAGUAUUAUCAAUGGCCAGAACUGACAGCAUUGCUAUCCUACUGUAUACGUCUGGAAGUACUGGAGUCCCUAAAGGAGUUCGUCUGUCAUAUUCAGCCAUCUGCAACCGCCUCUGGUGGCAGUUUCAUACAUUCGCCUACUCUGAUACCGAAUCAACGUGUGUGUGGAAGACUGCUCUCACCUUCGUUGACUCGGUCUGUGAGAUUUGGGGUCCUUUGCUACAUGGUAGAACGCUCCUGAUCUUGUCAAGAGAAACUACCAGAGACCCACAGAAGCUGGUCAAAGUGCUAAGUGAAAAUAAGAUUCAACGUUUGGUAUUAGUACCGACUCUACUGCGUUCCAUUUUGAUGUAUCUAUCUCUGAAACCCUCUGAAAAGCCACUUCAAUCCCUCAAACUCUGGGUCUGUUCCGGAGAGAUACUCAGCAAAGAGUUAGCAUCUCAAUUCUUUAAAUACUUUGGAGACGACAGUGGUUUUAUUCUGGCUAACUUCUAUGGAAGUACCGAAGUUAUGGGAGAUGUGACAUUCCAUGUGCUGGAGAGGAAAAGCCAACUCGAUAAUCAUUCUACCGUGCCUAUUGGUGCACCCUUGGACAACUGUGCAGUAUAUUUGCUAGAUGAAGAAAUGUGUCCUGUUAGGGAGUCUGAACCAGGUGAAGUGUGGGUGGCAGGAUGUAACCUGGCUACAGGAUACGUCGGAGGACAAGGCACUGAUAAGUUCAUUGAUAACCCUCACGCCUCACAUCCAGACUACGCUCGCCUCUAUCGCACUGGUGACUUUGGAGUUCUCCAGAAGGGAGUGAUCUUAUUUGCCGGACGUACUGACUCCCAGAUCAAGAUCAGAGGUCACAGAGUCGAUCUUCAUGAAGUUGACAGAGCUGUUAACAGCAUUGAAGGCGUCGAUAAGUCUGUGGUACUGCCCUAUGGCCAAGACAGCGGUAACCCGGAGAUCCUAGCGUUCGUUACCACAAGACCUGAAGCAAGAAUUUCUGCACACCAUAUCGAAAACAAAUUGAAGAAUUUGCUCACACAUUAUAUGAUUCCACAGGUUAUCGAAAUAGAUACAAUCCCUUUGCUGGUAAAUGGGAAGGUGGACAGACAAGCGCUUCUCAAGAUGUAUGAGAACACCAAUAACAAUGACGACUCCGAAAUCCCUCUUGAUCUGGAUUACUCCGGUGUGAGGCCUAAAGACAUGGAAGCUGCUACAGUGCUGUUCGAAACGGUGGGAGAGGUGUUAGGGAGGUCCGCACGAGGUGCUAUCUCACUGAGCUCUGGUUUCUACGGGCUUGGAGGGAAUUCUCUCAACUCCAUCUACACUAUUACCAGGCUGAGGGACAAGGGAUACUAUAUUGAUAUCAGUGACUUCCUCGGAGCCUCCAACCUUGGUGAAGUGCUGUCUCACAUGAGCACCAACCAUCAAUCAACCAACGGGUCUGGUGAUAAAGAACCGCGAUUCGUUCCUGAGCCGCUCACGGAUGAGCACAAGGACAAAGUUAUCGAAAUGAUAGUAUCAUCGUUCUACAACAAAGCAGAGUUGGAGCAGUUCCUGAAGCACGAGAUCGAGAUCACAGACUACGCGGGUCUCAUCAGCGAGAUCUGGACAUCGCUGCUGGACACUAAACUCAGCAUUGUUUUAAAAGAUGCAUCAGACUCGGCAGUAGCCGUGGCGUUGAACUUCGACGCGCGCGAUGAACCUGACGUGGACAUGUCCCGAGCUGGGACUGGCCUCACCAAGAUCAUGACCUUCCUCGAGUUCGUGGAGGGCUCCGUGAGGGACUCGAUGCUACCACCAGGCAAGGGGAGCAUCCUCCAUUCAUUUAUGAUGGCGACAGCAGAACACCUAUCAGCUCAAGAGAACGUUGCAGCUAUACAAGCGUUGGAGAACGCCACUAUGAAUGUGGCCAUUGAGAGGGGGUUCAAGGGAGUCUUCACCACCAACACUAGUCCAUUGACUCAGCAACUGGGUACUUACGUUCUCGGCUACCAGACCCUCCUGGACUACCAAAUAAACCAGUACGUCGACGAUUCUGGUGAAAGAAUCUUUGGCAAAGCACCUGAUGACAUGAGAGCCGUCGUUUGCUGGAAAACUUCAGAAGCGGGCACUUCAGAAGCUAAUUCUUUGGUAGAAAGGAUUUCGGAAGACAAGACUGUAGAAGCUAAGACCACGGGAACUCGAACAAUAGAAACUGUUGUGUCGGAUCCUGAGGAAGCAUAUACAAUAGUAAGUUCUUCGGUCGACAAAAAAGUUAUAUAUGACAUCGCGAAGCCUUGGUUAGGCAACGGUUUGUUCACUGCCUCAGGAAUGACAUGGCGAGCCCAUCGGAAGAUUAUGAAUCUGGCAUUCACACAACAAAUCAUGAAUGGACUCAUACCCGUAUUUAAUACGCAAGCACGAUGUCUAAGGGACAGAUUUGAUAUGCAAGAGAAAACCUUUGACCCCGAACCAUUGCUUUCCAAAAACAAUUUGGAAACUAUCUGCAAAACAUCAUUAGGGCUCAACACCAAUGAACGCCAGGAUUUAAUCACAGAAUAUGGAAAGUCCAUACGAGAUAUAUUCGUAACCAUGUAUGAAAGAUUUAUGAAAUUCUGGCUGUACAGUGAUUUUAUUUUCUAUUUCUCAAUUGUGAAGAAGAAACAAGAUACGAUAAUAAAAGGCUUACAUAAACUAUCUACUGCGAUUCUGGAAAAAAGAAAAAUGGAAAUAAAGAAGAUGAAACAGGACUUAGAACCACAAGAUCAAUUCAGACCACUACUGGACACUGUUCUAGAAUUGUCUAUAAAGAAAGGCUUACUGACCGAAAAGGAAAUGCGUGAAGAAUUAGACACUAUUAUAUUUGCCGGCCAUGAAACUUUAGCGAUGACCUUAAGUUUUCUGUUGGUGUUACUUGGCUCUGACCAGCCGAGACAAGAGAAAGUUUACCAGGAAAUACUCGAUGUAAUGGGAGAUAAUGAUCGAGACGUCGAAAAAGAAGACAUAUCAAAGUUUACUUACAUAGAUUGUGUUAUAAAAGAGACACUUCGAUUGUACCCCAUCGGCCCAGCGAUCCCAAGAGUAGCUACUAAAGAUAUCAAAUUAAAAAACUAUGUAUUCAGAGCAGGUAGCUCAUGUGUGAUUGAUGUAUGGAGUAUACACAGACAUCCACUAUGGGGACCAGAUCCUGAUGAUUUUAGACCUGAGCGAUGGCAGGAUCCUGAUAAGUUGCUAAUUUUUCAAAAAUCAUUCGCCGGCUUUGGCGUUGGGAAUCGGACGUGCAUUGGCAAAGUCUACGCCAUGAUAUCAUUAAAAAUAACCUUGGUACACCUUUUAAGAAAAUUUAAAGUAACAGCAGACGUUAACAAGAUGACACUGAAGAUGGAUUCUUUGUUGCGCCCAGAAUCCGGCCACGAAAUCACCUUCGAGCGGAGAAAAUAG